AUUUCUGUUAGUAACCCGUUUAUUGAAUGGGUAAGUUUGGAUUUAUAUGUUAGUCAUCCGUCAAUAAACGGAUAAACCCGAACCCGAACGCGAACCCUUUUAAUUUCCUAAGCCCGUCCGAUUUGCCCGCCCUACCCAAAUCGCUAAGUAUCAAUCCGCAGGGUACGGACGCCCAAGAGGACGGUGCUUCGUUGCUUCGCUCUCUCUCUCUCUCUCUCUCUCACAGACACGCAGAAUAUCUAACAGUUGCUCGAUAGCUCAAAUUUGAGCUGAGAGACAUAGUUGCUGACCCGCUACAAUGGCGGAACAGCAUCCGUUUAAUCGACCCAGAAGAGUUGGGAUGACUAUGGGUCUGCGUGAUGUCUUGAAAACUCAAGUCGAAUCUUAAUGGGUAUCUGCUCGUUUCCAAGAAUUUGUGCAGUUAAUUUGAUUUCGGCGAGUUUUUUGCUUUCGGGUUUGUUUCGAUAUCCAGUUGUUCUCCGGGAAAGGUGGUUAUAUAGGUUGCACCAUACUGCUUCUUCGGCAUUUUUAUUGGAUGAUCAUGGGUUUGAUUCUAGUUCAAGUGACGAAGAUGCUGUAGUUGAUGAAAAUAAUGUUCAGAGAAAUAGGUUGGAUGUAUGCAGGGAGCGCUCUUUGUGUCCCCUUGUUGUGAGGGUAUUUAAAUCUUUGAACUGGAAUAUUAUAUGGGAGAAGAGGUUCUCAAAAGUUGUGGAGAAAUACGGGUUUUCUCAUUCUAUAUAUGCAUUUAGGAUUAUUAUCCAUACAUUUGCAUGGAUGGGGAUGCGGAAUGAAGUAUAUGCUUUGCUUAGAGAUGUUAUUUGCUACUGUAAUGAAGUUAAGCUUGAUAUGUUUGAGUUGUUCCCUGCUUUAUUGGAUUCGCCUAAUUGCCCUGCAAGAUCAAGUGCCGUAUUUGAUUUACUGAUUAAGGUUUUUGCGGGGAAUUCAAUGCUUGAAAAUGCCGUUGAUGUGUUUAUGCAGGCUAAGAAAUUUAAGCUUCAGCCAAAUAUUUUAUCCUGUAAUUUUUUGCUCAAGUGUUUGGCAGAAGCAAAUAAAGCAGAAUUCCUCAAAUGUUUGUUUGAUGAAAUGAGGAACUCUGGACCGUUGCCCAAUGUUUAUACUUACACCAUUAUGAUAAACUUCUACUGUAAGGGACAUCAUGAACAGGCAGAAAUGGACAUUUUACAAGCUACUGAGAUUUUAGAAGAAAUGGAGAAGCGUGCGAAAUUCCCAACUGUUGUAACAUAUGGUACAUAUAUUUAUGGACUCUGUAGAGUUGGAUCUGUUGAGUUUGCUUUGGACUUUAUUAGGGAUCUGAGGUUUAAAAACCGGCCUGUCAAUUGUUAUUGUUAUAAUGCUGUUAUUUAUGGCUUCUGCCAAAAAGGUGAAUGUUAUAAUGCUUUGAGCAUUUUGGGAGAAAUGAAAAGCUGUGGAAUAUCCCCAGAUGUUUAUAGCUACGGCAUUUUGAUUGACGGGCUUUGCAAGAGUGGGGAUCUUGAGAAAGGUCUCAUCUUAAUGGAGGAAAUGAGUAGCAGUAAAAUAAAACCAUCCCUGGUAAGUUAUAGCUCACUCUUAAAUUGUUUUUGUAAACAUGGACUGAUGGAUAUUUCAAUAGAUAUGUUUCGUAAUCUUGGGAACUCCGAUUAUGAAUACAACCAUACUUCUUACGGCAUCUUAAUCAGAGGAUUUUGUAUGCAGGGUGAUAUGGAGUCAGCCCACAAACUUUUGGGGGAGAUGAUCAGCAAUAAUUUAGCUCCUAACACAUUUUAUUUUAACUGUAUCAUUCAUGGUUUUUGUAAGAUGGGUUUCUUGGACAGGGCAUUGGAAACUUUCAAUAUCAUGCUAGAAAGCGGUGUCAUGCCAAAUACCUUCUCAUGCAAUUUUAUUGUUGAUGGGUACUGUAGGAAAGGGCACAUGGAGGAAGCUCUAAAACUUAUGGAUGAAAUGUGGGAACGUGGCAUCAUUCCUAACUUCUAUACCUAUGAUGCAGUAAUUAAUAGACUGAGAAAUGAAAGAAAAGUAGAAAAAGCAUGGGAACUUUUUGCUUUGAUGCUCAAACGGAAUGUUUUUCCCUCUGUUGUCACUUAUAGCACUCUUAUAGAUGGUUUUGCAAAGCAGUCAAAUUUAACAAAGGCCUUGAUGUUGUAUACAAGGAUGCUUAAAAAUGGGAUCACCCCAAACACAGUCACAUAUACAAUUCUUGUGAACAUAUUUUGCUGCAAAAGCAAAUUGAGUGAAGCAUAUAAUUUAUUUAAGGAAAUGAUAGAAAAGGGUUUGACUCCAGAUAAGAUUUCUUACACAACAAUAAUAGCUGGGUUUUGUAGAAUUGGAGAUAUGAAGAAGGCCUGGACAUUGUUUAAUGAAAUGUUGCAGAGAGGCCAUGCGCCCAAUGUUUUUACCUAUACAUGCCUAGUUGAUGGAUAUUGCAAGUUGAAACGGAUGGAUAUUGCUGGUCUUUUAGUUGAGGAAAUGAGAAGAAAGGACGUCACUCCUGAUGUGGUGACAUAUACUGCUCUCAUUUCUGGGUACAGGAGACUUGGAAAUCUGGAUAGAGCACAUGAAUUAUUCAGUGAAAUGAAGGAGAAAGGCAUUUUACCAGAUUAUAUUACCUAUAAAGCCCUUCGAUUGGAUGUCAAUGAAAAGCCUAACUGAGGAAACAAUGUGGUAAAAAUCAGUUUGGAGGAUCAUUGCUGAACAGUGAUUUGAUGGGCAUCUCAUUUUGCUCACUUGUGCACCAAUUGGUGACAUAUUGCUUCCACAACUUGGUAAAUUUUAUGACUCAUAUAAUUGGAUAAGGUCCACUAAUCAUGAUACAUUUGGCGUUUGAGGUCAAUUGUACAUAGAGCUAUACUCAGGGACCAGGUCAAACAAAAUGGUUUGCCUUGGGCCUUGAGCAAAAAUGACUACACCCGGCACCCACAUUAAGUUGGGCAGCAAGCAACGUAGCCGCAGCCUGCAGGCAAUCGCCCCAAAUCGCAUAUCUAAGUAUCGACCCGCAGGCUAAGGACGCCCAAGAGAAUUGGAGAUAUGAAGAAGGCCUGGACGUUGUUUAAUGAAAUGUUGCAGAGAGGCCACGUGCCCAAUGUUUUUACUUAUACAUGCCUAGUUGAUGGAUAUUGCAAGUUGAAACGGAUGGAUUUUGCCGAUCUAUUAGUUGAGGAAAUGAGAAGAAAGGACGUCACUCCUGAUGUGGUGACAUAUACUGCUCUCAUUUCUGGGUACAGGAUACUUGGAAAUCUGGAUAGAGCACAUGAAUUAUUCAGUGAAAUGAAGGAGAAAGGCAUUUUACCAGAUUAUAUUACCUAUAAAGCCCUUCUAUUGGAUGUCAAUGAAAAGCCUAGCUGAGGAAACAAGGUGGUAAAAAUCAGUUUGGAGGAUCAUUACUGAACAGUGAUUUGAUGGGCAUCUCAUUUUGCUCAGUUGUGCACCAAUUAGUGACAUAUUGCUUCAACAACUUGGUAAAUUUUAUGAAUCAUAUAAUUGGAUAAUGUCCACUAAUCAUGAUACAUUUGCCGUUUGAGGUCAAUUGUACAUAGAGCUAUACUCAGUUUUUAUUGGGCUUGCAAAUAAGGAAGUGGACCUGAGUAGUUUAAAGAAACAGGAGGACCCAAACAAGAGGGCUGGGUCGUUUAGGAAACAGAGUGAGUAGGACUAAUAACACGUGGGUGUGCUGGGAGGACUGAUUUGGAAGACCAUUUGCAGCAGUAAGCACAUGAGGCGUGCUGAUCUUUCUCACUAGAUUCCAACAACGAUGUUCUGUGGUUCUGUAGAUCGGUGGAUGCCUGGAUGGGGCUUCCAAUGAAGCUGGAUACUAACUGAUGAAAACAGGAAGAUCAAGGCUCAAGAAUGGCAGUGACAGAAGAUUUAAAUGGCACAUGUAUGGGUGCUGACUGUGAGAUGCUGCUUGUUGGAUCGCCAGUUGCCGGAGAGAAACCACCUCCGAAUCCACCAUGGCUACCAUAGUCGGAACAGUUAAAGUGUGGUCUCUUCGUCUUCAUCUUCAAGUGCUUAUGCUAUCGUCAAUCUCCAUCUUCCUCUUCACCAAAGUCGGAAUCGUCAAUCUCCAUCUUCGAUCUGGAAUGGACUCUAACCAGUCCCGAAGCUGUUUGCAUCCUCGGAUCUGGGUAAUCAGCAUUCAACACUAGAUUUUUCUUUCCAAGCUUGACGCCAUUUGGGCCUUCAAAUCUGCCGCCGACAUGUUCGACGACUCCAAAUCCAUGAACUCCGGCGAGAUAGCCUUGCCGAACAAUCUAGCUUGCAGCCUUUCCCAGUGGGCGGCGACCUUCUCAUGCAAAAAACUAGAGAGAAGACCACAAGAUGCUAGCCGUCCCUGCGUCCCACAUCGGUUGGAAAUGGGAAGAAAACAAGUAUCCCAUCUUAUAUAUUUUAUUUGGAUCCUACUUUCACCCCGUCUCAUGUUUUCGGCUUUGCAAAUAAAGCCUUGGCCCAAUUGUUAUAUAAUGGGCUGUGGCCUGUUCAUGCAGCCCAACUUGGGCCCGCUCAAGUAAUGUUAUUGCUAUUUGGAUAGUUCAAAAUUCGGUAAAACCGAAAAUAACCUAACCGAACCGAACCAUAAAGUUCACGGUUUGGUUUGUUUAUAAACCGACGGUAUACAGUUUGGUUUCGGUUCAAUCAUUUUGAAAACCGAGGAGUUCGGUUCGGUUGGCGGUUUUGGAAAAAACCGAACCGAACCAAACCGUGUACACCCCUAGAACUGAUGAUGUCUUCAAUUAAGGAGUUGAAGUGAGGAAAUGAAUUAUGGGCAGUGGUGGUAGUUCAGAAUUAAGGAAAAUUUAAAUAAUAAUAAUAAUAAUAAUAAUAAAACCUUUGUGUCAUUUAUUGCGGCAAAAGAAGGAAUUUUAAUGGAAGAAGUAGCAAUUGUUGUUCUGUGGCAACUUGAUUUUCAACUGGUGAUGCUUCAUUCACCUUAAAAUAUGAACGAGAAGCAUGAAGCUAAUAACCAAGAGAGAAAUUGUUUGUGAAGGAUAGUGGCAUUGGAAGGGAGAGAACUUGGAUUGAAGGAUGCUCUGAUACCAUAUGAUGCAAAACAGUAACGAGGAAUUACUGCCAAGAGAGAAAUUCAAAUAGAAAUAGAGAGGUGAGGGGAAGAAGAAGAAGAAAAAGGGGGAGGGGGUGGAACUCACGUUAACUUCUUCAAAUUCACAAAAACUAAUUCUUACAUGCCUUUCACACCUUAUUUACAAGAAAUUCUAAAUUAUAAGAAUGUUACAAAUAAACCCCAAAACAUAGAAGAAAUUAAACCCUUGAAAGACAUCCAUUACAAAACCCACCCCCAAAGGCCUACAAUUUAUCUAAAUACAUUUGGCUUUAGGACCAAACAAUCCCUUGAUGCUAUUCUUUGACAUUUUUCUCCAAAUCGGGUUAGAGUAUGCAUCCAAUUAACUGCUUCCCUUCCUUCAUCACAAAUCCUUUCAGAAGAAGGAACAAGGAGGUCUGUUAAGAGAGGGGGGGUGGGGGAAGUACUGUGAUUCAGUUUCAUCUGGGUCCAAGGAAUAUAUUUCUCACAUUGCAAGUCUCUUAUAGUUGGUUUGGAAGGUCUGGAAGCAAUUGCCAUUUUUGAGGAUGGAAAACUUAAUCCUGCCAAUGAUCAGGUUGAAGAGCCUGGCCAGUCCUAAUUGAGAUGGUAUUUUACCCACUCCUGUCUCUACAAAAAUGAAGGCUAGUGAAGAGAGUAGCCAAUCUGAGAUUUUCCGUAAAUUAUGAUGGAAAGGGGUUGAAGAGAGAUUUUUUGGUUUAUUUUCUUUAGUUUUUCACUCUUCUAAUUUCUUUUCCAUUUUUUUGUUUUUGAAGACUUCUCAUCCUCUUUAACUUGUAUCUUCUUUCUUAAUACUUUUCAUUUGCUCUCUGUGUAUGCCCUUACUGCUGAAACUUCUGACAUUGUAAAUUGUUGGUAAGUCAAUUCCUAGAGAAGUGAUUAUUGAUGUAUGUCUGUGUGCGCCACCAAACUUUUAACAUUGUAUAUUGUCAGUAACAAGUACGUAAUUUUUCCCCAGUCAAUUCCCAGUGAAGUGAUUAUUGAUGAAACUGGUUUUCUUACUAGCAACAUUGAUGCAUGACUCUUUUCAAUUGAACUUUUGAUGACCAAAAAAUUUAGGCUACAUUUGGUUCAUGGGAUGUUUAAUCUUAGGAAUACAAUUGUCGUUGGAUAGAGAUUUGAUAGCUUACAAGAGAAAAGGUGUAAUCAUUAUAAAGCAAGUGACAAUGUAAAAUUUUUUGUCAAACCAUAACAUGGAAUAGACAGGAUUACUAUUCCCAAAUUUCACUAUGGAAGUGUGUAAUUCUAUCCUAUGUUAGAUGGAAUAACACCAAACUUAUGGCUUGUUUGGUUAGUGGAAUAGCUAUUCCUUGGAAUACAAUGGAAUAAGUUAACAUUUUGGAAUGUAGGUAAUAGCUAUUCCUUGUAUGUUCUUAAUUAUUUCAUUUCACCUGUAAUAAGAAAGUAAUAUACAUUCCCAAUAAUAUGGGAAAAAUUAUUCCUUAUCUAUUCCUUGUAAUGGAUUCAUAAAAAGUUUCACACUAUUAUUUACCUUACGGUACCAACACAAUUUUUUGUGUAACUAAUUGUAAAAACCUAUUAUAACUAAUUUAUUCCUAGGAAUAGACAUUCUAGGAACCAAAUGUAGGGCUAGUGAAUUUUUUGUAAGUUAUUAUAUCCCUAUACGUAUAUUCCAUUUUGUGAACCAUUAUGCUUUCUUUUAUCUGAUUACAUUCUUUGCUUUUCACCAUGUAUGCAUGCAAUGUUAUGAAAUUACUGUCACUGUGACCAGUCAGUGAAACAAUUACCAGAAAAUUAGUUCUUGCAUAUUGUUUCUUAGUAGAGCUACUGUUUUCUAUUUCCAAUUCCAGGUAUAAAGUUUGUCAAGUUGUGCUAGCAUUUCUUUUGUUGAAUGCAUGAAUUAUUAUAAGAUGCUUGUGAAGGGCCUAAUAGUGAGCAAAGCUCAAUGCCCAGAUGCAGAAUUGGUGCCCUGGCAGUAUGGUACCUACUGAUCUUUUUAAACACUUGUUUGGUGGUGAUGAAUUUGAACGUAUAAAGGAUGAAGACCAGCCUGGACAGUGCUCACCACUCUUCUUUGGCCUCUGUUAGUCUUGUAGGAUGAUGCAGAAAUAGCAUCCAUGAUGCCAGAAUUGAAGCUACGCAUUUUGCAGACAGGAACACCAGAAUUUCUCUACAUGAGGAUGAACAAAAGCAUAGUGAGCAUGAAAGAGUUAAUUAAUUCUUACCAGUGUCAAGGAAAUACUUCCAAUGCAAAACAUUGUCCAUCUUGUAAGACAGCUAUAACUCAAACGAGCAAAAGUUGUCUUGUAAAUGUAGGCAAUACUGGUGCUACCUAUUUAACCAGACUGUAAAUGAAUAUGGUCGUUUCAGCUUUGACUCAUUCCUUGAGGCUAAUAUUUUAUGCCCAGCUUCUGUUUGUAUGAAUGCCUUCCAAUCAUUUUGUUGUGAAUGUAGUUUGUAUUCAUUAAA